AUGCAAAAACGAGACUGUGGCUACAACUCGGCGGCACUCUAUUUGUUCCGACACGAUGAAGCCCAAAGCUUCCCGGGCGUUCACCAGUUUGAUGAAAUCAAAGAACAGGCCGCUAUUUCUCUAUUAGGCCUUCCCUCCCUUCCCAACCAAGCUCGAACUGGUGCCGCGAACUGGUGCUUCGCCCCAGAUGAAUCCCAUCGUGAUAGAUUCCAGGGCAUACGGACUCAUGCGAUAUCAUGCCUAGAUCCAGUACGCUUUCAUCCCAUUCCCCAACGGAAAACAAUCUCAACCUGGGCAGAUGACAUUCAACGCUACGCCAGGGAGAAUCGACGUCCCGUUUCCGUUUUCAGGAACAGAUGUCAUGAUUUCCCUGGCUCGUUAAAAGACAUGGUCAUGGAACAAGCGACACCUGCGGCGUUUGAUGGAGAAAUACGUACUUUCUUUUGACUAUCGGCGCUGGAAUUAGUCGGGUAUCGAGAAAGACAGGCAUUUUACACAGGUCCCAGUGACUCCGCAAAGUUAAUCAAGUCAUUCCUCAGCAGGCUUUGGACCUGGGAGAGCCCGCUUUUCUCUACCAAGGACUGCCUUGAUCAGCUGAUUUCUACAGGGGUCUUUCCAUUUGUAGAUCUGUGCCCUUGGUACAAAGCAGAAGAUGAUGAUCUCCUAGCAGCAGCAGGCUUCCUGAAGCAGUAUACAGU